CUUUUGGAAAUAUGAUUUGGGUCAUUGAUUUUAUUUUUUUCACUGUUGUUGAUUGGAUUAUCAUGUAGGGUCUUUUCAGAAGUUCCACAAGCGGACAUGUUUGUCAUUUUCUGGAAAAAGCUUGGUGGUAAAUGAGUUGUUGGGGUAAAAAGGAAAAAGGACUAGAAAUGUGGAACAACACGUGGACAUGUCAUCUUUUCCUUCGUUGCUUGCAUUUGUUUAGUGUGUUCUUUUUGUCUCUGUAUUGAAUUUGCCCAUUCUCGAUCUUUAAGUGAGAUCCAUUGAACUGAGGGUCUGCCUGUGCUAGUCACAAACUCGCAGCCUAUGGUAUAGACAAUUUUGCGUCUUGGCGUGGUGUAGCUGGAAAUUCAACUGCGAGUCCUGUCACUCAGAUGGGUGAAUCAAUAGUGGAUGUUCCCAGAUAUGAAGAUAAGACAGGAGAGACGGCUGCCUCGAAACCUGGAUUGGAAGUGUCCGUUUCAUUCGGUAGGUUUGAGAAUGAUUCGCUUUCUUGGGAGAAAUGGUCAACUUUCUCGCCCAAUAAGUACUUGGAAGAAGUUGAGAAGUGUGCUACACCCGGAUCGGUGGCUAAGAAGGCGGCCUACUUCGAAGCCCAUUACAGGAAGAUUGCUGCUCGCAAAGCUGAGAUAAUGGAUCAAGAAAAGCAAAUGGAAGACGAUUCGUUGAGGGCAGAGAAUCAAAAUGGUGUAGAUCUGACCGUAACUGCUUGUGGUGCUGUUUCCGAAUUUGAUGUAUCUGAUCGCCACUGUUCUGCAGAAGACAUUGUUAUGCAACAAACCAAUUUGAUCAGUGAGGUGAUUAGCACCCAAGUGGAUGAUCUGAAGGAGGAUGCUGCAAUCAGUACAGAAAGUCAAAGGUCAGCAUCUGAGGGAGUGAAAGAAGAAAUAGGUUGUACAGUAGAUAUCCCCAAGUCAAAAGAACCGGUUUUGGUAAAAGAAGAAGAAGAAUCUGCUGUGGUUGAAUCUCAAGACAUGAAGGAAGUUUCGCACAAUUGUAACAAUGAAAUGGGACAUGCUACACACGUCAAAGUAGAAACCGUGAUGUUGGACCACCAUCCCAAGGAAUUUAAGAAGGUUACUUCAGGGAAUGAGGAGAGAACUGUGACCAGGUUAAAGAAGAAACCAGUGUCACCCGGGACGAAAACAUCACAUAUUUCCACCCCUAAAGUGUCAAAGCUUAUACUAACUCCCACUGCGUUAUCUGCAUCACAAUCUUCAACAAAGAAGGGAAAUUAUUCAUCUUUACCUAGGAGCAAAAAUCCUUCUACUGGUGAAAGCAAGAAAGUUGCUCCAAAGUCUCUGCAUGCGUCCCUUAGCUUGGAUCCUACAGAUUCUAAUCCAGCUUCCCUUAGGAUGACUCGGAAAUCUUUCAUUAUGGAGGAAAUGGGGGACAAGGAUAUUGUCAAACGAGCAUUUAAAACAUUUCAGAAAAAUAUAAACCAACCAAAAUCUUCUGGUGAAGAGAGAGCUUCUGAUCCAAAGCAGGUGCCAAUAAAGGGGACAGAACCAAGGGUUUCAUCUUCUAUGACUCCACGAAAAGAGAAUCAAGGGUCACUAAAAGCAGGUGGCGUGGAUAAAAAAUGUGCUAAGGCCGCCCCUUCAUCUUUUCACUUGAGAAGUGAUGAAAGAGCAGAGAAAAGAAAGGAGCUUUCUAAGAAAUUGGAGGAGAAGUCGAAUGCCAAAGAGGCAGCAAGGACUGGCCUUCAAUCAAAACCAAAGGUGGAAAAAGGAGCUGAGAUCAGAAAAUUAAGACAGAGCUUUAAUUUUAAAGCCACACCAUUGCCUGCCUUUUAUGGGGGAUUAAAAGUGUCAAAAAGUAUUUCAGAUAAGGAAGUAUUGAAAAAUGCGAUUCAUGGUGAGUGAUGUUCUUCGGGAAGUUGUACUUCACGUUCUAAAGAUAUACUUCUUGCUUUUUCGAAGCUAAAUGGUUGGGUGGAAAAGGAAGAUUUGCAUCAAGGAAUUUCUUCUCAGUAGGGAAUCGUGCCAUACUAUAUUACUUAGCCUAAAUUCACUUAUGAGGCGCAGACUUCAUUCCUGAAUGGCCAGAAGAGAGAACCCAUAUCAUCAGUCUUCUUGUGUAUGUACGGCAUAUUAGUACUGUGGAGGAGAUAUUAAAGAGGUUGGGACACUGCUACCUUCCAUUGACAAAUCAAUUACUCCGGCCUUGCUUUUGCUCUCUCAAACCAAAUUUGGAUAAAGCAAAUAAAUAAAUAAAUUUAUAAA